CGUAGAAUAUCCCGUGGGCUAGCGAAUCCGGUGGAGAAGAGGAGAAGAGAAGGAUUUUUCCGAUCCGAUUUCCGGCACACUCCGGCGGCCUGCCCCGGCAGGUUCCCGCCAAAAUGCUGCACGGAGUGGGGAAGCUGGACCGAUGCCUCCCUCCCGUCCCUGCCAUCACCUCUCUCUCCCUCGCAUGCGUCGACGGCGUUGUUGCCGCCAUCGCUUUCUCCCAGCUGUUGAGGAUACAUUUGCAGAAUAGGCAGGUCGGAUGGACGCGCCAGAAGGUUUUCCAUCUACUGAUCGGCUCUUCCAAUGUUGGUUACAUGAUCUAUUUUCUCCUAACUCUUCUUGCCAACAGUAAAGGAUGGUCAUGUUGGUCACAUGCUUGUGGAUUCAUCUUCAUGGCCUUUCCACAAAUUCUCUUCAUUGCAACGUUUCUUCUGCUUUUGUCAUUCUGGGUCGACCUUUGCCAUCAGGCGAAUGAUGUGGAGGAAGAUGAAGAUGAUUCUAUUUACCAGUUGUUAAUGGAAAAGUCAAAAACCAGAGCAGGUGUUCAGCAUGUAGAAAGUCGUAGAAAGUGUUGCCCUGUGCUCGCCAUGCAUAUCGGAAGCCGACAGAAAAUUGUAAUACUGGUAACUUUAUUUCUGUUCUGUUUAGCAAUAGCAACAGCAGUGCUCGUGUGGGUUGGCAUGGGGAAGAAUCCUAUUGAUUCAUCAUUGGUAGCACGGGUUUACUUGGAUCUUUUUGCUGCAGUGAUGCUUGUCCUUGCAGCGGGUUUAGCAUGCUAUGGUUCCUUAUUGUUCUCAAAAAUGAGCAAAGUGAGGUCUGAAAGGGCUUCAUCAGAGAUCCGGAAGGUUGCAGGACUGGCAGCAGUCUCUGUUGUAUGUUUUACAAUAUGCGCUCUGAUAGCUCUUGUUACAGAUAUUCCUGUUUUGAAUAAUUGGCAUUCUAAAGACACAGAUGCUGUAUACUCAUCCCUCCUAAUAAUUCUAUAUUAUUUUAUAGGUUCAUCUGUGCCAUCAAGUACAGUGUUGUGGGUCAUGAGAGACACGCCACCUCGGCCAACAGUUAACGUCUCACCAUCUAGUCCUGCGACCAUUAUCACCGACAGAAGGAUGCCAUCUCCGGCUCCUCAGCGCUGGAUUACCUCAACUGGUGCGCAGAACCAGGUACUAAGAGCAAGUCCAAUAUGAAAAUUUUGCUUAAAUCACUUGCAUUAACGGAUAAGCUGAAAAGACAGAAGCUGAAAAGCGUCCAGCAAGCUUCCUGGAGUUCUUAUGUUGGAAAACUCAAAUGAGCGAAUGCUGGCUUUGGCAGAUGAGAUGGCCACGUUCUGCUCCGGCCAGCCCACACGCAACCGGUCCUGACUUGAUAUGCCUAAUGAGUGCAGCCUCUGGAGUUGGCCCUGUAUAUGGCGCAGAUUGACCGAGUUCUGGUCGAUCAAAUGUAAAUUAGUGCGUGAAUGUCAUGUUUCUUUUAAUUUUUCUUCGAACUGAGCAAGAUGUAAUAAGACAACAGCACUUUUGCUAAAGUGAUGGAGCAGAUUUCUCCGUUCCUGUUA